AUGCGCGCCACCCUCUCCCUCCGCCAAACGCGCCGCGAGCUGCAGGGAAUGAUCCUGAUCUAUCGCGAGGCUGCUACUGGCCGCUCUCCGAUCCGCUCGCAUCCCGGUCCACCCAAGCCGAGCGACACGAACCCGUUCGCCCGCGACCCCCCUUCCCCACCCGAAGACAUCACUCCCUCCGGCUUACCAGCGUGGCAUCUCAAGUCGCAGACGAGGCGGAUCGGCAACUCGAACUUUGUCGACUACAAGCGCGAAGAGGCACCGACGCACGGUGUGCCUCCCAACUUUCCCGACGACCAGCUCGAGGGUCGCCGCCGGAUACCUGGAUGGGCUGUGUGGUUUGGCGGCAUAUUCGUGCUGAGUGUCAUUGAGGAUAUUCUCGCCGCGCGCGCCAAAGAGUCUAGGCGCCGUGACGCCGAGGUGCGCGGUGAGGCUGAGCCAGGAGCACGGCAGGGCCAGAACCAGAACCAGGUCCAGAUCCAGAAGGAUGAGCAUGGGAACGAGGUGCGCGCCGCCGAUUGGGACGAGCGCACGGUCGAGGCGCCGAGUUCGGGCGCGGAUAACGUCCAGGCAUCCCAUCCACCUGCAUCAAGGAGCUAA